AUGCAGGACAGUACAAUCCUCAACAACCUGGCCCACGUGGAACCACGGGAUCAGAGACGUCCUGGACAAGCUCUGAUCCCUCGAGUUUUGGAUACGUUUUCCCUUGAUGCGCCUAAUGGAAGGCACAGAUGCCUUGUUACAGAGCCUGACCUCCAUACGGGGAACAUAAUGUUUCGCUUUCCAAACAGCAUAGAUGAGCUAUCCCCUGGAGAAUUAUACCAAAAAUACGGUCAGCCUAACAUCGAGCCAUUUGUGCGCCUUGAUGGCAAGCCACUCUCCGACGGCGUUCCCACUCACGGUGUUGUGUCCAUUUUGCUAGGGAAAGAAAGCGAGCUUGUGACCCUCUCUGAAGCCAAAAUUUUUAUCAAUGACUUUGGAGAGUCGUUUCUGCCCUCAAUUACUCAACGUCACUAUUCCAAUACACCCGGCAUCCUUGCUCCUCCGGAGACCUACUUUUUGCUUCAUGAACCGUUGUCAUUUCCCUCUGAUGUAUGGACUCUCGCAUGUACUCUCUGGGAUAUCAUUGGACAAAGGCCACUGUUUGAGGGUUUCAAUCCGUCCAGCGACUGGAUGAUAAAGGAGCACGUGGACGCACUUGGCAAGUUACCGUGCGAUUGGUGGCAUCAAUGGGACGCACGAGAGAGAUGGUUUACGGAAGAGGCCAAGAGAACGUCCGAGAGAGCAGGCAGAUCAUUGGUUAACCGCUUCGCUGAUUCUAUACAGGAGCCACGGCGCGAAAGCGCAAUGGCGGAUGUUGGGGAAGCCGAGACGCAUGCCGUGAUUGAUGAGUGGCGUGGUCAGGGCCAAAGGAUGGUUUACUCGGCACAGGAUAUCGUGGGUUGA